UACGAGGCGGCGGCGAAGCACUUCGCCCCCGCGGACCUGGAGGUGAGCCUCAGCGGGAGGUCCUACGUCAUCACGGGGGCUAACAGCGGCCUCGGCAAGGCCACCGCGCAGGAGGUGGCCAACAGAGGAGGAACCGUUCACAUGGUCUGCAGGAACCAGAGCCGAGCAGACGCCGCUAAGCAGGAGAUCGUGGAACGCAGUCAGAACCAGGACGUCCACGUCCACAUCGUUGACAUGUCCAACGCAAGACAAGUGUGGGAGUUCGCCCAGAGCUUCUCUCAGAGCAGCUGUGUUCAUGUGCUGAUCAACAACGCCGGCUGUAUGGUGAACCAGAGAGAGCUCACCGAGGACGGGCUGGAGAAGAACUUUGCAACAAAUACACUCGGUGGAACUGAACCUGCAGCUGGUGUCUCCUCUCAGGUCACCGUGUCGUCGGGCGGAAUGCUCACCCAGAAGCUGAACGCCGACGACCUGCAGUUUGAGAAGGGGGCGUUUGACGGGACCGCGGCCUACGCUCAGAACAAGAGACAGCAGGUGAUCCUCACAGAAAGAUGGGCCACUCAGCACAAAGAGAUCCACUUCUCCUCCAUGCACCCCGGCUGGGCAGACACUCCAGCCGUGCAGACCUCCAUGCCGUCCUUCCACGCCAAGAUGGAGGCCAGGCUGAGGACGGAGGCCAUGGGCGCCGACACUGUAGUGUGGCUCGCGGUGUCCGCGGCCGCCGCCGAGCAGCCGAGCGGCCUCUUCUUCCAGGAUCGUAAAGCUGUGGCCACUCACCUCCCUCUGGCCUCCUCCCGCUCCUCUGCGCAGGAGGAGCAGAAGCUGCUCGCCGCUCUGGACGAGUUUGCCCUCAAGUUCAAACCGUGAAGCCAGUUUGCUCCACAACUCAAAGUGGUGGGUUUUAUCCAAUGUGUAGAUUUAAAAUGAAAUUGUCCCUCUUUUAAAAUGAUCAUUUGUUUAUAAAAACUUUGUUCCCUCGCGUCUUUUUAGUGGAAUGAAAAAUCAAAACUCAAAUAAAACAAACCGUUUUAAA